GUGGUACGUGCCCCGCCCCUCCGCGCCCGAAGCCCGGAUGAAGAGUAACGCCAUUACCGCCCGAGCCGCCGAGAGGGCUAGCGGACGGGGACUGGACACCGGGCCGGCCGCGCCAUGAGACUCCUCCCCCGGCUGCUUCUGCUUCUCCUGCUCGUGUUCCCUGCCACCCUCUUGCUCCGGGGCGGCUCUGGAGGUUCGGUAGCAGUGGCUCAAGAUCUUACAGAAGAUGAAGAAACAGUGGAAGAUUCAAUAAUUGAAGAUGAGGAUGAUGAAGCAGAGGUGGAAGAAGAUGAACCCACAGAUUUGGCAGAAGAUAAAGAGGAAGAAGAUGUAUCUGGUGAACCUGAAGCUUCACCAAGUGCAGAUACAACUAUCCUGUUUGUGAAAGGAGAAGAUUUUCCAGCAAAUAACAUUGUGAAGUUCCUGGUAGGCUUUACAAACAAGGGUACAGAAGAUUUUAUUGUUGAAUCCCUAGAUGCCUCAUUCCGUUAUCCUCAGGACUACCAGUUUUAUAUCCAGAAUUUCACAGCUCUUCCUCUGAACACGGUAGUGCCUCCCCAGAGGCAGGCAACUUUCGAGUACUCCUUCAUUCCUGCAGAGCCCAUGGGUGGACGACCCUUUGGUCUAGUCAUCAAUCUGAACUACAAAGAUUUGAAUGGCAAUGUAUUCCAAGAUGCUGUCUUCAAUCAAACAGUUACAAUUAUUGAAAGAGAGGAUGGGUUAGAUGGAGAAACAAUCUUUAUGUAUAUGUUCCUUGCUGGUCUUGGGCUCUUGGUGGUUGUUGGCCUUCAUCAACUCCUAGAAUCUAGAAAGCGCAAGAGACCCAUACAGAAAGUAGAGAUGGGUACAGCAAGUCAGAAUGAUGUUGAUAUGAGUUGGAUUCCUCAGGAAACUUUGAAUCAGAUCAAUAAAGCUUCACCAAGAAGGUUGCCCAGGAAACGGGCACAGAAGCGAUCAGUGGGAUCUGAUGAACGCAGGAGGAGGGAGACACACUGAUGCUGUCCUCAGACCUCUCCUGCAGCUCUGCGUGCAUGGUCUCCGGGCCAGGGCUGCACACUCCUCGAGGCUGCUGCAGGAAACCCCUGGACGUGCGGCUCCCGGAGACCGGCCAUCCUUUCUGCGCUGUUUUGCUAUUUGUGAAACUUAGGACAGCACCAAACCACUUGGCUGGCUCCUCCACUGGCUCCUGCUGUGAAGUCACCGCUGGGAAUGGCUGCGUGACCAGGGCUUUGUGGCUUAUGAGUAAUGGCUGUUGUGCAUUGUUUCUGGGUGGAGAUUUCCCAGGAAAUCAGGCUCCUUUGCCAGCCAGUAGGAUGGGGAUGUGGGUCCCCACCAGCGAGGACUGGAUGAACUGUGUGGCCCACGCUGGAGCUUGUGCAGUCCAGCUUGCUCCUGCUCCACUGUGUAGAUGGUGACUGAGGUCAGGAGACAGAUGGCUGCAGGCGAGGUGAGCUCAGGAGCACCUGUGACAUGGUGGUGGCAGCACACACCUUCGCAGCUCCCAGGCUCAUCUGAAGGAAACGUUGAAAGAUGAGCUAAGCGGGGAGGGGCCUCACAAAGGGUUGGGCACCUCAGCCAUCCCUGGGCCUCGGCAGAGGAAGAGCUGGGGCCGAGCUGAAGAAUGCUCCACGGGCGCACAAGGAAACCCGUCUGACAGCACAUGGGGUCCUUCCGGCCGACUCGCAGAGGCCUGGCUGCCACGUGUUACAGGUGCUCAAAAUGGCUCCCGGGCUCUUCUGUUAUGCAGACAGGAAUCAUUAGUUGAAGUGCAUUGAACUGAAUUGGACUGAAAUAAAUUGAAUUGAAAGGUA